AUGCGAGACCUCACAGCAAGUCAGUUAGGAAGGUUGAUCAAACCAACGGUAUGUUUUAAUCCUCAAUGCGGGAACCGACUUAAGUUUGAGUUGCUUACGAAUGAGUCGAAAUUCGUCGACUUCCAGAAAGUCCGAGUUCAAGAAACUCAGUCUGAAUUACCUCGAGGGAGCAUUCCACGCAACCUUGAAGUCAUACUACGUGCAGAUACAGUAGACCUUGCGCAACCUGGUGAUCGGUGUGAAUUUAUUGGGACUCUUAUCGUUAUCCCUGAUGUUGGACAACUAGCGACGCCCGGUGACAGGUCGUUAGAGGGUAAACCGUUACGAGGACGAGACAAUCAAGAAAUCGGCGGUGUAACUGGUCUAAAGGCUUUAGGAGUGCGUGAACUUUCUUAUCGAACAGCGUUUUUGGCUUGUACUGUCAUACCUUCAAAUGGAAGAUACUUGCCAUCAGAUGAAUUAGAAGAGUCAGAUGCGAUCUCUUACGAAGCAUUGUCAAAAAGACUGACGCCAUCUGAGCUCGAUACAAUUUGUCAAAUGAGUCAGGAUCGAAAACUUCUUACAAACAUGUGCAGAUCUCUUUUCCCGACUAUUCACGGUGCUGAUGAAGUUAAGAAAGGUAUCCUGUUGAUGCUUUGUGGUGGUGUACCCAAGAUUACUGAAGAGAAAACUCAUCUCCGUGGAGAUCUAAACGUAUGUCUAGUUGGUGAUCCAAGUACAGCGAAGUCUCAGUUCUUAAAACAUGUUGAGAAGUUUUCUCCACGUGCCGUUUACACUAGUGGUAAAGCCAGCUCAGCAGCUGGUUUGACAGCUGCAGUAGUGAGGGAUGAAGAGUCCUUCGAAUUUGUCAUUGAAGCUGGAGCACUAAUGCUUGCAGACAAUGGAGUUUGCUGCAUAGAUGAAUUCGAUAAGAUGGAUCUUAAAGACCAAGUCGCAAUUCACGAAGCGAUGGAACAACAAACAAUUAGCAUAACGAAGGCUGGUGUGAAAGCUACACUGAAUGCUCGCACUUCUAUUCUUGCAGCAGCUAACCCUAUUGGUGGUCGCUACGACAGAUCAAAAUCUCUACGACAUAAUAUUGGCUUGUCUGCUCCCAUCAUAUCACGUUUUGACCUGUUUUUUGUGCUGAUUGAUGAAUGCAACGACAUCGUGGAUUAUGCUAUCGCUCGUUCAAUUGUAGAUUUGCAUAUGGGGAGACAUGGCGCAGAAGAUACUCACACCAUCUAUUCAGUUGACAACAUUCGUCGCUACAUCGCUUUUGCUCGUUGUUUUAAACCAAAAAUAAGCGGGGAAGCUAUGGAAUGCAUGGUUGAAGAGUACAAAAAAAUGCGUCAGAGAGAUGCUUCCAGUGGGACAAAGUCUGCAUGGCGCAUCACUGUUAGACAGCUGGAAAGUCUUGUUCGUCUUUCAGAAGCAACAGCACGACUACACUGUGCAGAUACUGUAACACAAGCUCAUGUACGGGAAGCUUUUGCUCUCUUAAACAAAUCCAUAAUACGAGUUGAACAGCCUGAUAUAAAUCUAGAAGAGGAAGACCAACAUCAACUGACAGAUGCUUCGGAAACACCAGUUAUUGAUCAGCCAACUACCGAGACAAAUACAACCGCUGGACAUUUACGAGUAACAUAUGAUGAGUAUAGACGGAUUGCUAGUCUUUUAAUUUUGAGGGCCCGAAACUGGUGUGAGACCUUAGCAACAGAUAGUGAGUCUGAUCAAACUCCUGGUGCCCCAAAAAGGAGUGAACUAGUCAACUGGUAUCUAGAAGAAGUUGUUGAUGAAUUUGAAACCGAAGCGCAGUUAGCGGAAGUCAAGCUUCUUGUCGAACGCAUAAUCGAUCGCCUAAUAAAAAAGGAUAAUAUUCUCAUAACUAUUGGUGGUACAGGACUGGAUGCAUCUGCUGAUACCGCUGAUCCUUACAUCGUCGUGCAUCCUAAUUACGUGGAGUAA